AUGCUGACACGUAGUGCAUUUAUUCGUGCUCAGUUUUUACAUUGCUAGCUGUAGAGUUACGGCUUGCAGUGUAUAAAAUGGGUUUCACCCAGUCUAAGCACUAUUCCUCGAACAAUGGGCAACCGAAGUUCCUUUCUUGGGAGAAUCUUCGGUAGAUUCUACAAAAAUCGAGAAAUACGAGUGAUUAUGUGUGGAUUAGACGCUGCUGGAAAGACCACGAUACUCUAUAAACUCAAACUGGGAGAAGUUAUCACUACCAUUCCUACCAUUGGAUUCAACGUUGAGACGGUGAGCUACAAGAAUGUGAGUCUCACUGCAUGGGAUGUCGGAGGACGAGAUAAGAUUCGGCCAUUGUGGCGUCACUACUACCAGAACACAGAUGUUCUCAUCUUUGUGGUAGACAGUAACGACAGAGAUAGAGUGGAUGAGUGCAGAGAAGAGCUGGGGAGGUUCAUGACUGAGGAUGGACUUCAGGACUGCUGUGUUCUGAUCCUGGCCAACAAGCAGGACCUGCCCUCUGCCAUGUCAACUGAGGAGAUCACAGAGAAGCUGGAGCUCAACAAAUUGCCUCCUACCAGAACAUGGCAUAUUCAAGGGGCAAGUGCUGUAAAGGGAGAAGGGUUGUAUGAGGGACUGGACUGGUUGAAGGACACACUGACAGCCAAAGAGGUGGUCAAGAGUGUUAGUAAACCAACAGCAGAGGUUAAAGACUCACUGACUGGAAAGAAAGGAUUCCUGGCCUCCUGGUUUCCAGCCCUUUCUAAUUAUUUGACAUAAUGAUGUUCAUGUAAUGUGUAUUGUUAUUAAUCGUGCGUAGCUCAUGUUUGGUGAUUUGUGGAUAAUCUCUGGGUUAAACAAAGUAGCUAGCCCACUAUUGUGACAGAAAUGAGUGAAUUAGCAAGGAUACACUGAAAGUUGCAUA